CGAGAUUCGCCUCUGCUGCCAAUCGAUUCCAUCUUACGCUCUCCAGGAACAUGUCCGCCGCCGCUGCUCUCGCAAAACUCCCCUCGCCGCUCCGGGAUCUCGUCGCUGGCGCCGCUCAGGACGGCAGCGAGGAUUUCGGCAAGUCCGAGAAGGACAAGGCCGAGGUCGCGGAGUGGAUCGACAAGGUUGCUCAAGGCGAUGUUGCAAAGCCCGAGAGCCUCAAGGACCUCGAAGCGUCCCUCGUUCCCCGCACCUAUCUCGUGAGCAAUUACUUCACCGCCGCGGACGCCGCACUCUAUGGCGCACUGCACCCAGUACUCUCCCAACUCCAACCCGCACAAUACUACUCGCAACCCGCCAUCACGCGGUACUUUGACCACGUCCAGCAUCGCGCUUCAAUUCGCAAAGCUGCCGAGCCUCUAGCGCCUGCCUUCUCCAUUGUAGCGUUCAAUCUCGAGAACGCGCCGCAUCAGGAGCGCAAGGCUGAGGCUCCCAAAAAGAAGGAAAAGGCGAAGGCGGCCCCCGCCACCGAGGCAGAGACCCCCGCCGCACCGGUGAAGGCCGAGAAGGCAGCGGCGAAGGCGGAGAAGAAGGCGAAGACCGAGCAGGGCGAGAAGGCGGCUGAGCAGCCUCAAGAGGGUGCCAAGGAGCUCAAGACGCAGAAGAAAGAGAAAAAGGUCAAGGAGCCCAAGGCUGCCGAGAAGAAGCCUGCGGAGGAUGCGGGCGAGCCCUCGCCAUCCAUGAUUGACCUCCGCGUAGGGCACAUCGUCGACAUUAAGAAGCACCCUGAUGCCGACGGUCUCUACGUUGAGCAAAUCGACUUUGGCGAGGAGACUGGCCCGCGAACAGUCGUCUCUGGUCUCGUGAACUACAUCCCAAUAGAGGACAUGCGCGACAAGUACCUCGUCGGUGUCUGCAACCUGAAGCCUGCCAACAUGCGCGGCGUCAAGUCCUUCGCCAUGGUUCUCUGCGCAACACACAAAGAUGGCAAAGACGCAGGCAUCGAGCUCGUACAGCCGCCCGCCGGCUCCAAAGUCGGCGAGCGCAUCUUCUUCGAGGGCUUCGAGGGCGGCGAGCCGCUCUCCCAGCUCAACCCGAAGAAGAAGAUUUUCGAGACGGUGCAGCCCGGGUUCACGACGCUCGACACGCGCGAGGCGGCGUGGGUCGACCCCGCGACGAAGUCUGUGCACCGUAUCCGCACGAAGGACGGCGUGUGCGUCGCGCCGCGCUUCGUUGGCGCGUCGUUGUCGUGAGUGGGGGAACGAAUGUGGAUAGGUAGUGAUCGGCCCGUGGGCUUGUAUUUUUGUGCUAUAGAAAGCUUUGCUGCU